GAUGCUGGGGAAGAAGAUGGCGUUGCCGUGUUUCCCUACGCCUUUGUACGGGCACGUGGGUCGCGGCGCUUUUAGAGACGUGUAUGAGCCGGCGGAGGACACGUUCCUGCUGCUGGACGCUCUGGAGGCGGCGGCGGCCGAGCUGGCUGGAGUGGAAAUAUGCCUUGAAGUCGGGGCAGGAUCUGGUGUGGUAUCUGCAUUCCUAGCCUCUAUGAUAGGUCCUCAGGCUUUGUACAUGUGCACUGACAUCAACCCUAAGGCAGCAGCUUGUGCGCUGGAGACCGCAUGCUGUAACAGAGUUCACAUUCAGCCAGUAAUUACAGAUUUGGUCAAAGGCUUGCUACCAAGACUGAAGGGACAAGUUGAUCUUCUGGUGUUUAAUCCCCCUUAUGUAGUUACUCCACCUGAAGAGGUAGGAAGUCAUGGAAUAGAAGCAGCUUGGGCUGGUGGCAGGAACGGUCGAGAAGUCAUGGACAGAUUCUUCCCACUAGCUUUAGAUCUGCUUUCUCCAAGAGGAUUAUUCUAUUUAGUUACCAUAAAAGAAAACAAUCCAGAAGAAAUUUUGAAAACAUUGAAGACAAAAGGAUUGCAGGGGACCACUGCCCUCUCCAGGCAGGCAGGCCGAGAAGUCCUUUCAGUCCUCAAGUUCACCAAAUCCUAACAUCAGAGAGCUUCUGAAAGUAUGCAAGAGCUGCUGGGGGCUGAAUGUGUUCAGCAUUAUUUUGAAACUAAAGUCAUUCCAUGGCUAAGACAUUUUAUUAGAAGCUUUGUUAUAAGGAGGUGAAAAGAUGGGGCAUUUCCUUUUCAGGGAAUCAGACCUCAGGUAUAUUUGCAUAUGUGCAAGUAAAUAUGGACAUUAUAUUUAUAAUUUGCAUUUCAUACAUAAAGGCUAUAUUUAUAUAUGCAAGAAUGUGUGGUUUAACAUUAGUUAUAAUAUCAAAACAGUAGUAUCAUCAUAAAUGUCAAUCAGAAAGGAGAUUAGUUAACAUAAAUUUCAUUAUAUUCAUUUCAGUGAAGUUGUAGGAAUGAAAUGAGAUGAGGUCUAUCUAGCAGAAUCUGAGAAGCCCAGGACGUGCAAGUUACUAGUGAGUGAGAAGUUGCAGGAGAGAACUGGCUGAGAUAGUAUAUGUGUAUAAGGAUGUCAGAAGAAGAAUGGGAAUGAAGGAACUUUUGUGGUGGCACUUACUUUGACACAUUGAUAAUGUUGAAAAAUGACAGUGGAUUGUCAUAAACUGCAUAGUGAUAACUGACUACAGAUGACAUACCAGAUGUGGAUUCGUUGUAUGAACAAGUCAACUCAUCACUUGAUGUGCGCUAUGAGAGUGUGGAUCUGGCAAAUGCUGUUUUAUCCAUGAAAGCCCACCAGAGGCAGUUUGCAUUCACUGAGCAGCUGGAGUACAGAGGGCAGCCUUAGAUCAUAUUUUAUUUUAUUUAUUUAAUUUUUAUGAGAUCAUAUUUUAGUUUGAAGAUAUUUUUUUUCUUGUUUAUUCCUUUGCAAGCAUAAAUAGAGGAGAGAGCCAAAGAGAAUGGGCACACCACGGCCUCCAACCACUGCAAAUGAACUGCAAAUGCAUGAGCCACCUUGUGCAUCUGGCUUUAUGUGAGUAGUAGGGCACUGAAC